AUAGUUAUUUCGGAUUUCAAACAUUUCGGUUGAGCAUCACUGAAGAGACAUUAUAUGUCGAAAUGCGCAUCUGGUGCAUCAAAAUUGGUACCGUAUAAGUUUUACAUAAAAACAAAAGUUUUUGCAAUAAUAUUUAUGAUUGAUUCUUAUAGUUUAACGUUAUGGUCACCUUCAUUACUGACGUACGGAAAGUUGAAUUCAAAAUGAUGAAAUGAACCCGGCACCCAGUGUUAGACUAAAUGUGAAAGGAAACCUUCAAACACAAGAUGUUGCCCAUGGUGUCGACAUCAAACCUGGCUAUAGCGAGCCUUUAGGAAAGCCAAGCUGUCGAUGCCGCCCUUUGUGAAGACUUGGGUUGUAAUCAUUUGCUUACUGAUUGUGAAGGAAUGCUCAGGGAACCCAUUGCCUGAAAGGAGCCAGCCGUAUGCAGUGGAAUCGGAGAAAUCCGAACAACAGUAUGCACUGCCCGAGGGAGACGAGGACGGCAUACCAGACCUUCGACCGUUUCUCCAAGACAAAGUCCCCGACGGCCCCGUCAACAGCAUGAUUCCUGAACUGCAUAGACAAGGAAGACAUAUAAAUCAUGAUGAAGAGUUGGUUUCCGAUCGGAGGUUACAUUUAACACGGACAAGUGAAGGAAGAAAUUAUACAAGUGAACAUAACAUAUCAAGAGAAUUCAUUUUCUCCAAUAUCUCAAACCAAGAAGAGACACACCCCUCAGAAUUUAAUUUUACGGACGAAUCACCGAGAAGUUCAAACAAACUUCACCAAAACAUUCUCCAGGGAAAUGAAAGUGUAAAUAUUCUAGGCGGAGAAAACGAGAUUAGGCAUCGAGAUCAACCACAAAAUUUAAACUUCGGUCGUUAUGAACAGCAAGAACUUAUCCCGAUUGUAAAACGCACCGCAUGGCCAUCUCUUUCUUCUGAAACACAAAAUGCAUCGUUACCGCUUGGGAACACUCGUCCAGAAGCGUCUGAAACUAGCAGAUUAUCUCAAAGCGAAAUCAUGCAUGAAAAUGAUACUAAUCUUGAGGGCCUAAAAUUGAACAAUAACGAAUUAAACAUCGAAAAUAAUGGUAACACAAGAAACGUUAGCACAUUCGCAACUUCCAUAGAGGCACCUAAUUCAAAUAGAGUCUUACCAGAUGUUGAUCCCGAUCAUGAAACUUUUGUGGGGCCGAAAGUAGAAAGUGAACGAAAUGGAACCGAGAACAGAAGUGCCAGUGAGAACUUUAUCGAAAACAGGCGAAACACACCGCCUAUACCAGAAGAACAUGUCCCUUUAGCCACAAUUCAUAUCCCAGUGGAAAACCCUGAACCUCUGGAGUCUGUGAACAUUACAGAUGAAAAUGUUAGCCUCAGAAACACAACCUUAAUAGAACCUACGUACAGCAAGGAAAAUAAAUAUCGAACCAAAGGCAAUGUUCCCGAAAUGACUUUACCACAGAAAGAACCUGAUCAUCAGGAAAUUACAGAGUCAAAUCCUUUUCCUCGGACCUUUACACCCGACUCUGAACCCUUUCCCGAUGGAUCCAUUAGGCGGAAAACGACUACUCAAAACGCGCGUGAGGAAGUUUUACGAACUACAGCAUUUCCUCAAGAGCCUGUCAUUCACGAGAUAACCGAGAAGAGACCUUUCCUUAUAUCUACUACUCCUAGAACAAUUCCCACUGAACAGAUAAUCGACAGACAUACAACAUCAAUAUCAGUCCACGAGAUAACCGAGAAGGGACCUUUCCUUAUAUCUACUACUCCUAGAACAAUUCCCACUGAACAGAUAAUCGACAGACAUACAACAUCAAUAUCAGUUGAAGUAAUACCAACAAAAAGUUUUUCUGUAACCAAUUUAUUCACAAGCAGAAGGAUAUCUGAACCAAUUGAACCAGUUUAUAUUAGUACAAGGCUACCUGGUGAAAAUGGCAACGGAAUCAGUAGAAGUUACCCUCCAAGCGAAAUGGUGCCGGAAAUGACCAUGAAGUCACCAACACAACACAUAAAUUCGGAACCAACUGAACCAUUUUUGGAAAAAACGACACCUGUAAACAAUAUUGCAACGAAUUAUCCAAGGAACAGUGAGGAAACGCAAUACCCGCAUGAAACCGUGCCUCAUGUUACCCUACACAUUCCGACCGAGCCAAUGGAGUUUCCAUCAUCAACUACAGUUUUACCGAAGACAGAGUCACCAUUGCUAAACGGAAACACAAAUCCGACCACUGCCAGAUUGGUAACGGAAAUGAAUAGCAGUCAAACAACGAAAAAACGUGAAGAGAUGGCCAGCAUUUCAGCUGCAGCUGGAGAGAGCAGAACAACAAUCCGUGUAUCUGAUAGAGCCACAACACAAGUCAGUACUCCAGAAAUAAUAUCUCAUAGCAGUGCAUCGCACAACAAUAAUGAGUCCGUUCCCAACUCUACCACAGAACUCUUGAAGUCAACAUCUGCAUAUUCUAAUACCAGUAGCACCAUCCCCAUGGUCAGUGACAGAACUUCAAUGAACAGAUCACCUAUGUCGCUCUUUAACAACACAAGUUCAUUAAAAUUAGAAACCACAACAGCACUUACUUCUGCUAAGACAUCAACUGACAUUCACAAUAAUUCUGCACCAACGGAUAAUUAUUUCAAAACUUCACCAAGUCGGCUCAGUAGUAGUCGAAAAAUUUCUGUUUUAUCUGACAUGACCUCAACAAUGGAAAUACCAAAAUCAAAUAUUCCUUUGUUUUCUGAAAGUAGUAGAGCAGACUUGCCUACCUAUGGUCGAACAUCUGUCUCUCCCAGUACAUUUACACAGGAAGAGAGCAAACGCACAGAGACACCAAAGUUCAGUCACACAGUUUCACAUCUUGCGACUGCUUCUGUCUCAAAAACCACUCUUCCGUCGACUGGAUCUUCUACAUACAACGUAAACAUGCAUCGACCACAUCAGACAAUAUCAACCACACCUAAGAAACAAAGAACUUAUGCUCCAACGACCAAGAAGCCCACAGAAACCCCGAAACCGAAUGAAAAACCUGGAGACACCCAUUCAACACCGUUAGUGGUACCUCCCAUGUACAUUAGUAUGCAAUUCCGUAUGACUCUGAAGGAGUUCUGCUCAGGAAAAUCGAUAUUUCUGGAAGACUUUACAGGUAUUAUCAAACAAAAAAUUAAUAAGGACUUAGAGGAAACCCAAAUAAAGUUCAUUAAUCAGGUGUGUUAUGAACGAGAAACAGAGAACAAACUGGAGUCUGGAAAGAAAGAUUUAACAAUCGUGACAGUAGAUUUAUAUGUCGCCGAUAUCAACGGACAAAUUGAUAUCAAAUUGACUGCCGAUACUUCGGAAUUUAUCAAGAAAGGCUUUCUUAGCUCCAAGUCACGUUAUGGCCGAAAGCUCGUGAAUGUCCAUCUCAUCACUUCAAACACAAAUGUAAACUUGAAAGACGAGUCGGAAGAGGGUCUCAGCUCAGGGAUGACAAUCGCCAUUAUCAUUGUUAUAAUAGGAGGCAUCUGCUGCAUUUGUCUGAUUAUACUACAGAUUUUGAUGCACAGACGACACGAUAAGCACCAUCGAAACUUUCUACCAGGGUCCAAUCGUUUUUCUCUAAGAAGCCUUGACUCCAUCGCACUGAAUGCUGUACCAAAAUCGAGGCCACACAGCGGGUUUUGGAACCCUGGUUUGGACAACGACGAGAGUGCUCCGUCUUCCUUUUCCAACUCCCUGGGCUUCAACAGUUUAUCGAAUAUGACACGAGAUAUGGUUGAAAUAUACAAAGAGUUUGAAAGGCUUCCUUCCGAAAUGCCAAGUUUGAGUUGUGUCCCUAUUGGAGCGGAGGAUAAAAACAGAUUUGCCAACGUCAUUCCGCUAUCACAUUCCCGAGUAAAAUUAAAGAAAUUACCACAUGAAGAACAUUCCGAUUACAUCAAUGCUAAUUUCAUAACGGGAUACAAUGGCGACGUACACGCCUACAUCGCCACACAAGAGCCAUUGUCCAACACCAUUGGAGAUUUUUGGAGAAUGGUGUGGGAACAGCAGUCCCGUGUCAUCAUCAUGCUGACCGCUGUGAACGAAACUUCACAGCCAAAAGAUGCGGCCUACAUACCUGACACAGAGGGAAUUAAUGGACGAGUGCGAUAUGGUGAUUUGGUCCUUGUAUUGAAAAAGAAGGAAGUUAGACAAGAAUAUAUCAUGUCGUUAUUAGAGAUCAAAGACAUAGAGAACAACCUAAUGCGGGAAAUUCGACACUUCUGGUUCACCAGCUGGUCUGUGGAUUCCAUUCCAGAACCAGUAUCUGUGAUCAAGCUUAUCCUAGACACACGGGUACAUUACGAAGACAGUGGGGCUCCGCUCAUCGUACACUGCAGUUCAGGCACAGGGAGAACUGGAGCUUUGAUCGCCACUGAUAUCUCUAUGAGGUCCUACGAAAACAAAAGAGUGGUUGACAUUUUGGGAUGCGUCAACAACAUGCGCAAAGAGCGCGCAGGUGUUGUCCAAAACAAGGAACAAUAUGCCCUUAUUUACAAGACUCUGAAUGAGUAUGCAGUGAUUAUGGGUAGCCCUAGGCUGGCGCCGACUUCAUCUUCAGCCAUUCAGCUACAACACAUGUUGUAAAAACUACCAUCACAGAUAUAUAACAAUAUUAUAGUCAUAUAAUAAGGACGGACAGCUCCAGAAUUUUUUAUAGAAUGUAUAUCACCGAGUAUCAUUUUGUGAAUAUUACAAAGUUCAACUGCAUUAAGUUUCAUUUAGUUCAUCAUAUCGCAUUAUUACAUUUAACAUUCAUUCUUCAAAUGUGUAUAUUUAAAUGAUAUUGAAAGGCGUGACGCCCUGGCUUUGUAACAAUGACUUUAUAACGAAGUUCCUCUGCAUGUCUUUCGUUACACUUAUUCUCCGUCUACCCUGUUUUAUAUCAACUAAAGUUAAAUUGCAAGAAAUAGCAAUUAUUCGGUGAAUUAGAUUCAGUGUGUCUGCGGGGAAACCAAACUGCAACAUGUAUAAACAUUUACCAAGCUAUGUUCACAGAGAAUGUUUAUAGUCCCUCACCCUCAUGGUAGUCAUCAGUAUAUAGAUGUAAAUCACACAUGUAGUGUAUGUCGAUAGACGCUGCUGGGGAAUGUGCAAUUUUCGUGUACCCUUUUUUUAUUUACUUCGAGAUCAUGAAAUACUCAUCGCGAUGUUUGUUUGAAAUAUUGAUUUAAAUAAGAUGUUGUGACAUUUUUACACUUUGUCGUGUCAGAAUCAUUCCACAAUACCGAUGGAUUGUUCAUAUAAUGCAUAUUCUUGUAUAAUGAGUUGAAUGAUUGCAAUGUAAUUUUGUUAGUUCAUUAAAUUUAUUUCUUGUU